AUGGAUUCUGAAGUCGAUAGUGAUAUUAAUAGAACUGAUUUGGAUCAUUUUAUUGGUACUUACUUUGAUGGCAAUAUCAAAUUUGUGCCUGAUGCUAACAAUGGCAACCAUUAUAUCGACAAUUGUAUCGCUUAUAAAAACGCGUUUACAUUCGGGUCCGAAGCCAAAUGCUCUUUAGGAGAAACUUACUGCUCAUUCGACAUCAAAGACAUACUAUGGAAGGAUUGGGCGGACGAUUCAGAGCUUCAGAAAUACCCAUUCAAAUGGGUUAAGAAACCACUGCAAGUGUUGAUUCAAUCUGAAAAGGAGCGGGGUCUUUCUCAUAAGCUAUUUAUCCAGACAUUAGUGGCCUUACAAGUGUUGAACAUUAAGCAUGCGGCGGAAAAGCUAAUGAAAGGGAGCAUACGUGUGGCUUUGUUUACGGUACGCACAGAUUAUAGGAUCAGACAGAGGGCUAUACUGAGUGAUGUAUCAAGAAUAGCCGGGUUUGAAAGGGUGCAUCUGAUUACCGAGAUUACAGCCGCGACCGUUGCCUACGUUAUCGAUAAAAACCGGGACAGUUUGACUAAAGAGAUCAUCAUGGUAUUCUCACUAGAUCACGCUCACUGCGAUUGCAGCAUUAUUAAAGUGAGCAACACUUCCAUUGAAUAUAUAUCGCAUGACAGUGAAACAGUUGAUGAGUUACUUAAUGUUAGAAGUCAAGAGAGUGGCAUUCUAAUUGCCAUAAUCGGUGAUUAUAUUAACAAUCAGCUAUCAUUGAAAGGGCUGCGAAAAGAGGAUUUGUCAAAAAUCCUCGUUAUUGGUCAUUCAGAUAGGCUCACAGAGUUUAAGAAUCAUAUAAUCGAACAUUUCUCUUCUAAACGCAUACUUUACGAUUGCAAUCCUAAGGAUAUUGUGGCCAUAGGGACGGCAUAUUUCGGACAGAUAUUAGAGAAUAGACUGGAUAUUGUCGUUAUCGAAGAUAUAAUUAAAAUGGGGAUUAAAAUGUACUUGCACAUGAAUGACGGACGGCCUAAACAACACGAAUUAAUGGGACAGAAUGUGAGCGUGCAAGAAUAUUUCAAAUCAAAAGAGAUUGAGAUCAAAGUGCACAAGAACAAUUUUCCCAUAGCGAUGACCAUUUUAGAGGAUAUCAAUCACCAAAAGAAGAUACUAAAUGAGCUUGACAUGAAUAAGGGUGCAGCUGUAGUUACCAGUAAUAUGAACGGUAGCGUUGCCAAACUUCCUCCCCUCUGGAGGAUUAUCCUCGAAUCGGCCCAAAAGGGUACAGUCAUCAAGAGUGGUUGUGGAGAUUAA